AACUUCGAAGAGUCUCUUCUUUUAUUUGACAAGAAAACCGACAAAACAACAAAAGAGACAAUGGAAGGAAGAGUCAACGCUCUUUCAAACCUAAACGACUUAGAGCUACACAACUUCUUGGUCGAUCCAAACUUCGAUCAGUUCAUAAAUCUCAUCAGAGGAGACGAUCAAAUCAUCGAGAACCCACCUCUCGAUUUCGAUCUCGGUGGUCCAUUGCAGAACAGCCCCUGUUUCAUCGACGAAAACCAGUUUAUUCCAACACCUGUCGAUGACCUGUUCGACGAAUUGCCUGACUUAGACUCCAAUGUCGCCGAAUCGUUUCGUAGCUUCGACGGCGAGAGUACUGUCAGAGCCGGUGGUGAAGACGAUUACAACGACGGCGACGAUUCUUCAGCCACCACAACGAAUAACGACGGGACCCGAAAGACGAAAACGGAUCGGUCAAGGACUUUGAUCUCGGAAAGAAGAAGGAGAGGUCGUAUGAAGGAUAAGCUCUACGCAUUGAGAUCUCUUGUUCCAAACAUUACUAAGAUGGAUAAAGCAUCUAUAGUGGGAGAUGCAGUGUUGUAUGUUCAAGAAUUGCAAUCACAAGCCAAGAAACUCAAAGCCGAUAUAGCUGGUCUUGAAGCUUCUUUAAACUCUUCUGGUGGGUAUCAAGAACCUGAACUAGAUGCUCAAAAGAUUCAAACUUUUCGCGGAAUCAAUCCUCCUGUUUCCAAGAAAAUCAUUCAGAUGGAUGUAAUUCAAGUGGAGGAGAAAGGGUUUUAUGUGAGAUUGGUGUGUAAUAAAGGAGAAGGUGUGGCUCCAUCACUUUACAAGUCUUUGGAGUCUCUUACAAGUUUCCAAGUGCAAAACUCCAACCUAAGCUCUCCUUCCUCUGACAGAUACCUCUUAACGUAUACAUUAGAUGGGACAUGUUUUGAACAAAGCUUAAACUUGCCUAACCUGAAGCUGUGGAUCACCGGAUCACUUCUAAACCAAGGUUUUGAAUUCAUCAAGCCUUUCACUUGAUUUCAUAACGCGAUGUUCCAGUCUGAUUUAAACCCGGUUCUGCAUCUCAUUGAUUGUCUUCCUCUCUGUAUGUUUUAUAAUUCCCUGGGAUCUAAUUUUAAUUCUAAUGAUGAUGUAAUCGAGGUUGUUGAUUCUCUAUCGAAUAAACAUGGUUUUUGUAGAGUAAUCAGCGUAUUUCUUGGAUUAUAAUCUCAAGCCUUAAGUUGAUA